AUGAAGAACACUUCGAGUGGUCCAAGCUUGUUUGAGAUUGGAUCAGAAGUAUACAACCAACUUGUGAAAUGGCCUUCACCUGGACUAAGUCUUGUUUACGAGACAUGGGCCUUUAUCCUAGUGAGCAGUCUUCUCGCCGGCCUCACGAUAUGGACAAUUUUGGGCAAUGGACUUGUGUUCGCUGCACUCUACCGGUUCUCCAGACUACGCUCACUCUCCAACUUCUUGAUCGGCAGUUUGGCUCUCAGCGACCUCUUGUUGGCACUAACUAUCCUACCGUUGUCAGCGGCUAACGACCUAACCGGACAUUGGCUGUUUGGCAGGCAGCUGUGCAAUCUGUGGUUGAGUUUGGAUGUGCUAUAUUGCACCGCGUCCGUUUGGAAUCUUGUGGUGAUUGCGUUUGAUAGGUUCACCGCCACAGCCUUCCCAGUGUGGUAUCGAGGCCGACGGACGCUGAGUCGUGUCUUUGCGUAUGCUGCGUUUGCAUGGCUCUUUUCUAUCCUCAUCUGUUUGCCCGGUCUAUUCGGUUGGGGCAGCAAGAAGGCAACCGCUACGCUGUCAGAGCCGCCGAACCAAAAGAGGGAAGAAAUUGGAUCCGCCUACCCUCAGUUAGUUCAGGAUUCAGGAGGAAACAACAACUACUCACUUGAAACCGUAGCAUUAAAAGCGGCAAAUUUGGACAACUCGGCCGUAUCAAAGCCACUGCGUCCACCAGACGAGGAGCUGACAGAGACGCACGUUUUUGACCCUGUUACGCGAUGCUAUACUUGCGUGCUUUACACGGAGCCAGAGUAUGUGGUCUAUUCGGCAAUGGGCUCUUUCAUUAUCCCCCUUGUCAUCAUGCUUUGUCUUUACGCUAAAAUCUUCGCAGUGCUGCGACAGCGGGGUCGAAUUCUAAGACAGAAGAAAAAAUCGACAAUGAAUGCUCUAGUACCCUCAGGGCACGCUUCAGCCAGCGGAUCCCGAGAGAUGAAUGAGCUAACUGGACCAAUAGGUGAGUCAAGAUUCAUAAGAAGAAAAGGAGAAAUGGAUGUAGGAAAAGUUGAAAAUGAUGGAAUUUCGAUGGGAAAACAGGAUCAUAAUAAGGCAAGGAUUCAUAUUUUGGUUGAUCUAUCUGAAGCCCCCGCUUCACACCAAAAAAAUGAGAGAUCUGGAGAUUCCAAAGAGCAUCACAUUUCAACACCAGCUUUAAACUUCACUUUAACUGCACCAACCACUCCGGCUGUGAAUUGUGGCUCUAAUUCGACCUCAUCUACUCUGAGUCUGGUAAGUGCUGGCGCCCUGCUACAUGGGCGGAGGGCACAUGGCAAUAUACGUUAUAUCGCAAGUGGAUGGGGCUUCAUUCAGGACUUAAGAGUAAAUGAUGAACUAGAAAGAAAUGAGAUGAAUGAUUGCCUACGACAGAUCGAGAGUCAUUGUCCAGGGGAAAAUGGGCCAAGCAGCCGACCAGCACAAGACGGCAAAUCAGUUAUGUUUAAUUGUGCUGUUAGCCAGCCCGCGUCUGACCUGUUUUUGAGCAUCUCAUCAUCUGGUUUAGAGCCAAAGAUGGAAAAUGAGGUAUCCAGAUCGUCGCCACCCUGUCUCGCAAAUCAAUUGAGCAGCAGAAUGACUCAACGAAGAAUCGAGAAUCGCUUAGAGCAGUGUGAAAGAAGAAGACGGCGGCGUCGCCGGCUCAAACAACGAAGAAGAGAAGGGGCCUCAGCAUGUGCUUUAGGUUUGAAUGCAUGCUGCGUGGAAAAGGCAGGAAAUUCCGGUAAAUGUAGAGACAAUUCUACCUUAUCCAUCACAGAGGGCUGUUCAUGUGGAGGCAUUGAAGCAAUGACAAGACAAAGGAUGUUAAGUAGGCCUGAAAUCGGCCAGUUCUUUAUAGACGCGACAGGUGACUUUGAGACAAGUGAAGCGGAUAGCACUGCAAGCUAUUUUGAUCGUUUGUAUUUGAAGGAGAUAGAGGAAAAUAAAUGUUCAUUUUCCAAGUAUGAUGAUUCAUUGUAUUCGGAUUUCUCAGUUUCACAGACUUGUCUGUCUGCAGAGAAGGAAAAAAACCAGAUGGAUAAAUCUGACAAGUGGAAUAAAGGUUCAGAAACGAAUGGAAAAGAAUAUAUCAAUCAGACUUGCAAAAAGGCCUAUAAGACUUGCGGGCUGCAAGAGACAGAUAGAGGCAGUGGAAAAGAGGAAGAGGAAGAGCAAGAGGAUGAUGGCGAGGAAGAGGAGGAGGCGGAGGCGGAGGAAGAGGAAGAGGAAGAUGAAGAGGAUGUUGGGGAAGCUGAAGGGGACUUCCAAAAAGAGGCCGGGUUGCACUCAUGCUACCAUGGGCUACCUACCAAUCGUGAGCUUACUGAAAAGUCACAAAGCCAUAAGAGCAGCUCUGGUAUCAUGAUUACUUUAUGCGAUCGAAGAACUGAUCCUGGUUCAAAUAUAGCUUCGCAAAACCCUAUUCAACCAAUGACAGUCCCCAAGUCAGAGGCUCCCAGCACCCUGAUUAUUCAAGUAAGGAUGAAUGGAUACCUACAUGGGCAGCGAGGAUUUCGGAUUCCAACCAGACAUAAAAACAAAUCGAAGAGAUCCCAAAAGUGGCGCUGGCUAAGUAAAGAAAGUAAGAUGAAGCCUCCUGAUAUCAUGAUAACAAAUAAAAUAGCUAAAACCAAAGCUUCCAAAGGCAGAGAAAUGAAUGAUGGUGUGAAUUGGAAUACGGUUGAAAGACCAUUUCUGAAGAAUAUGCAUCGCAUAGCAGAAGCAACAAGCCAAAGCAGAGGCAGCCUACAGAGGGAUCAAAUAUUGGGCAUGCCAAAAGCAAGAAUGAAGGGCUGGCGGAAUGGGGAAAAUAGAAACGAAGCAACGGAGAUAGUGUUAAAUGAUCAAAAUGUUGGGCUUCAAAAAAUAUCAGAUAAAAGCCAACAGCAUCCUAAAUAUGAACAAUUUGGGGCACCGAUAGGAUCUUCUGACGAGCCAGUUUACCUGACGCCAAAUAGAGCGGGAUUGAAUCUUGCGUCUUGUGAAUGGGAACGUGAGCAUCAGCAUUUACAACAGCAGCAGCAGCAAAGAUCCACGGACAGCCGCGAAAGUCGCGCCACCAAACACAUGGCAAUGAUCAUGCUUAUCUUCGCAUUCUGUUGGAUCCCGUUCACGUUGAUGUACCUAGUACGUGCCCUUUGCGGCGAACUGUUCUGUCCAGACAAGCCGCAUUUACGCGUCUUCGUCACCUGGUUGGGCUAUGCGAACAGUGGCCUCAAUCCCAUUUUAUAUGCCAUUUUUAACGAGGAGUUCCGCUCUGCAUUUGCCUCCCUCCUGGGCUGUAAUGGUGCAAAGCGGCUGGGUGCAGGAGUAAGCCGAUAA